UUGGUCUCGUCUUAGCAGCGUUUCCUCGGACGCCGCUCCUUCCUUCUUCCGGUUAUGGGCGCUCGCUAGAGAGACAUUUAACGGUAGCUGGACUUGGAAGACGGGACAAACUUCAGACUAGGCAGCAGAUAAACAACGCUGGUGUAAAGACUCUUCUCAAGAUGCCGGUGGCUGUAGGUCCAUAUGGCCAGACCCAGCCCAGCUGCUUUGACCGGGUCAAGAUGGGCUUCAUGAUGGGUUUUGCCGUAGGAAUGGCUGCAGGCGCCAUGUUUGGCACUUUCUCCUGUCUCAGGGUUGGCAUGCGAGGCAGGGAGCUGAUGGGAGGCGUGGGGAAGACCAUGAUGCAGAGUGGAGGGACAUUUGGCACCUUCAUGGCCAUUGGUAUGGGCAUCCGUUGUUAAGGACCACCACCUCCAGAGCUAUGGGACUUUUCCAGUAUCAGCCUCUGCUCCUCAUCUACUCUAUGCUGUCACAGUCAAUAUGAAGUUUAGUUUUGUCAAUAAAAAAUCUUAAAUUUGUCAAAUGGGCUUUUAGAGUGGAUGCAUUAUACAUUGAGGCUGUGAUAGAUUCAUCACAGCAGAUUUUAUCACAGACAUUCCAUGUGGCAAGAGGAGUCAGUCUGUCCCUGUUGUUUUGCCAUGUUGAUGUUAUAUCAUAAUCUGAUUAAAGCUCUGCCUUAAAGGAUUGAACAGGAACUAAAACAUAAGACUUGGAUCUCAAAUAUUAAAGUUUGGAAAUAAACAUAAGCCUGAUCCAGUG